CGCGGCGUUGUGUCCAUCGAGGUGGGGUGCAGCCGUUCGACGGUUUCGCGGCGAACAUCCGAGCGAGUCGCGGCGAGUGAGCGAGCGAACCAACCAGUCAACCUGAAACCGCGAACAGCCGCGACAGCGUGUGCCUCGUCGUUGCUCCGUGCGCUCUCGAUGGCGCCAGGCCCCGCAACUUUAAAAUAAACAUCGCGAUUCCGCCGCGGGCGUCGGCGAGUAUACGGCGCGCGGAUCUUGAAUCGAGUUUUGCCGCGCGAAUAUCUGUCACACGGUUGAAAUACGGCCACGCGUGCGUGCAACUAGUUCACGAUAUCUUUUAAUUAUACGGCUCUAGAUGUAGGAUAAGUGGUUUAACCGGGUGGAUUGAUAAGGAGGAUUUUUACUCUGAACAACGGUGCUUCGAGUUGUGAAAACAGGAAUAUUGAUUAGUGAGAGUUGAAACGUUCGUGAAGUUAGUGUAACGGGGAUUGCCGCGCAUGGAAUCUGUCGACUUUGCGAUUGCCUUGGAAAGGUGCUGCAAUUGUAUCGGAAUGCUGGUUGCAAUUGCAUCGCGGGGAGAUCGAGUGACACGGCAAUUACUCUCGCUACAUGGAAUCGCGGCGCCACAAUUCCAUCUAGAAGGAAUUGCCUGCCGUUGAAGUCAAUUACAAGGGAAUUGACAGACGUUGAAUUACAAAGCAACUGUCAUCGUUCCGACCGACCCAUCUUUCAAGCAAUUCCAUUUCGUUGAUUUUCCCGUGCCACGGAAUUACGGUGCCAAGUGUGUUCCAACGUAUCAAUCUCGACAACGCAGCAAAAUCCAGAGAAUUGCCAGCAACCUUGCGCUCGACCUCAAACUGAAGCAGCCUCUCGAAUACGCGACUCGAGCUCGGCUUAAGGCUCGAGUCAAGGAAAUCACAUCGUGACCGAAAUGCCGGGCUAAAAUCCGAGCCAAAAGGACCGACAACCUCAAGGCAAAACGGUCGGUUCUCGCAAGUUCGAGCGGAGGUGCCGAGCGUCGAAUCGGAUGGAAAGCGAGUCGAGUGGAGUUGCGAUAAAACGUUGUACGAUCGGGAAAGGAGCAACCAUGGCGGCCAGUCGGUGAAAUCGAAGAUGAAGCGAAAGCACGAUCGGUCGAAGUUCAAAGUAUAGCGGCGUCUAUUGAACGUUUUGCUCUCGCGUUACGCCCGUGGAAAGUCAAACGAACGGAGAGAAAAGGAACGAGCGAGGGAAGGAGAAGGUGAGAAGGGAAGGACGUGGUGUGUACGCCGACAGACUUUCACGUCGACUCUGUUUCUUCUGGAUCGCGUUACGAAAAUCGCGAUCCGUUGUCCGGGUAUCGCUGGAAAAACUCGAUCGCAGCUAUCGAUGUGUCGCGAACCUUGUGUCACGAUGCGAAUUGAAAGCGGAAUAAAUCGCGAGAAGUAGAGACGAUUCGUUUCUCGGAUACGACAUUUGGAUCGGCUGUAUCGUCCGUUCGUUCGUCUUUACAUAAUCAUGUAUCUCGCGAAGAAUUUGCUCGGUUCGUGCGAGCAAAUACGGCUGAUCGGGUGCAGAACAUUUUUUCAGUGAAAUCGUCGCGUGGUGUUUGGCGAUCGUCCGUUGCGCGCUCCCGAUCUCGAGAAAGCGACCGUUAACGCAGGUUGUGAACUCUGCAGUGGACACUCGGUGGAAUAUAAACUUUGACAGCUGACAUAUACAAGCGAUAACGAUAAAUAACAGGGAUAUAAGUAACAACCGAAGUACGAGAUGAAAUAUGGAAGAAAGUACGAGUCAAAGUUGAAGUUGGUCGAAAAGGACGUGAAACGGAAGAGUGUGUUUUUUCAAAGAUAAAAGCUUAGGCCAAAGUUGGGUGAUAUUCUGCUUCUACCAAAGCUGGUCUUCUCAAUAAGAGAGAGAGAGAGAGAGAGAGAGUGGAAAGAUUAAGUAGCAAGUUUUAAACAGUUCGAAGUUGGUCGAAUUAUCGGUCCCCGAACCGACGUCGCUUCCUCGUGAACUUCGCCAGUCUCCCGCCUCUAAUCGAAUCUUCCGCAGCAACGACGGAUAAAUCGAUUACCAAUUAAUACCCGGAGCUCUCUUGGGGAAGAGAAGAAAAGGAUAAAAAAGCAAAAUCAAUUUUGUGAUGGGGCAAAAUUCGCAGACCGAAAAACCAGUUUAGUUUGCAACUAAAUAAUAACUAGAUUUCGUAAAGUUACGAGAAUUUGGUUAAUUGCCCAGAACCACCAAAUAAGACGACAAAAAAUCAAUUAUAGGAGCUGGAUUUCUUGGAAUUGCGACACAUGACGGAUUGGAAUUCGCUGGAAACGCGGUGAAUAAAAUUGUGCCGCGUUAGAAUCGUUGCACGUAGGACCGAGGUGCGCUGGAAUUGUCGCGCGUAGAAUCGAAUAGCUUUGCAAUUGUGAAUACAAGAAAUUCGACUACGGUGGAAUCGCGACGCGCUGAAAUCACCGCACGCGGAAUUGGUCGCAAUUGCCACUCUCAGAAUCGACCCGCGCCGAAAUAGUGGAACAUAAAUAGAAACGAUCGUUGCAUCGGAGUUGCCACGCACAGAAAUUGUUCACGUGGGAAUUGCGGCGCAUCGAGCUCGCAAUUGACGGAAUUGCGACGCCCAGAGAUCGGAAUUGCGCUCGUGCAGAAUACAGUUGUUUGGAAAUUCCGACGUACGAAAUUCAGCUUCGCGAGAUUGUUGGAAUUGUCGAACGUAUUAAUUACAUUCGAAUAAAAAAAAAUACCGCGAACGACGACAAAAUACCGAAGACUAUGGAGGAAGGUGGAAACGGAAAAUAAACGGCUGUACGAUAAGAAGUCGAUAAUACGAUGAUCGAUGGAGGAAAAUUGGGCGCAACACGCGUUUAUUGGUUCUGACGGCCAUAACUACGCGAUAAUGAUGCGCAUUAUAUUCGCGAUUCGUGCGUCAUAAGGUUUCGACUGUCGGCGAUGACGGUGACAUCAAUUUAGAGACUGUCCGACGCGGCUAAAUCUAAUUAUUUAACAAGCUGCUGGCCGUAAUGCGCUUCGAGCGCGUACGCGAAAUUGUGUGGAAGAAGGCGACCGCUGCGACGAACGUCGUUUCUCUUCUCCGCCUGCGUUCUUCUCACGACUAUCGACAGUUUAGUGCAGUGUAUCGUUAGUACGCCGUGGUGUUUCACAGUUUUAUGCUGCCUUUGUGUUUGCAUACGCAUCGUUUGAGGAUACCAGGUCUAUUGGAUACCGAAAUGUAUCUCGGAUAAGUCAGACGCUUGCGACAUUCGCGAGACAAACCAAAGAGCUUUGUGAUAGUCAGUAAUUAAAAAAAACUGUGGAAUAUUUGAAAAAGAUAGAGGAGAAAGAUGAGACCGGGAGUGAAAAUAGCGAGACCGCGUGGUCCUGUGAUUCAAGUGAUUGGUGAUCAGUGAAAGCAAUCAUGUUUACGAUGAUCGAACCGCGGGGCGACAGGGUGGCCAACACCCAGACAAAACAUCACUGUUACCAAGUGAUCAGGACCACAAGGGUGCACCAGAGUUCCAGAAGCUCGAGAAUGGUCACUGUUCAGGAGAAGGUGAUCAGAUCGCGGCUACAGUUGGGCUAUUCCACGCCUACCAACUUCAUCAACCGUUUCCCGCAGAAGAUGGAGAGGCCAUCGCAGCAUGCGGCGAACGUGAACCAGGUGCACGGGAGCGGCAUGCACGGCGUAUACUCGUCAGGCAGUCAAACCUCCCUGACGACGUCCUACAUCACGGGCCAGUCGUACGUUCAGAACCAGAACUACGCACACGGCCCAUACAAUUCCACAUCGAACGUGAGAGUAUACACUCACGCCGGCUACAAUCAGCCCCAAAGUUAUGGUACCAUGGUGCAGGGUUAUGGUGGUCAACCACAGGCCGCAGGGUAUCAACAAAACCAUCUUAAAAAAGGACCUGUACGUAACGGAGACGUGCUGAAGAGAUGCCGGCUGCAGACUGCGUACGAGUUAUCCCAAGACCUAUUGGAUAAGCAGAUAGAGAUGUUAGAAAGAAAAUACGGCGGUGUGAAGGCAAGAAACGCCGCACUGACUAUUCAACGAGCAUUCAGAAGAUACACUCUGCUGAAGAAAUUCGCAGCCAUCACCGCCAUGGCCAAGGCUGAGAAACGUCUCAGCAGAAAGCUUCAGGAAACUACAGAGAGAGCCACGGGCGUGAAUGAACACGAGAGGAUGGUAUACCACAGUCAAAUUUACAUACAGCAGCCACAGACGGCGAACAGACCAAUGCCCAUCAGGAGCAUGUCUCUGAGGGAAAGGAGGCACGUGGAGAACUCACAGUCUCCGAUACCGAGGAGCCAGAGCGGCAGGUGCGAGGUCCAGGUCGCUGGUCAUCAGCACGCGAACCAUAACAUACAUCAAAGUGGCAGACAUACGCCCUCUCUGGCGCCUAGUCCUUGCAACAGACACCAACAGUUACCACCAAGUCCGUGCUGGGAGUCCAGCUCUCAGGAAAGCGGGUCUAGCAUGCAUUAUUACAAUCCACAGGAUACGUUGUGCAGCAUCAGACAAGAUACACCACCAAGGGAUCUGCUGCGGACACCAUGCACGUCGCCGUCGACGCCUCACAAUCUUCAGACACAGGUGGUCCAGAACUGGAGUAGUGCCGGUCACCUUGGUUCCGCUGGUAGAACGAGAGGAUCCGCGAAGAAGGUACCACCGGAAGUGCCAAAAAGAACGUCUUCCAUUACGUCCAGAUCUAUGGAACCACGUCACAAUGGCCUUAGCAAAAGCGUCGAGAACGGUAGCCUAAGCUCGGUUCAGAGUUCUGGCAGCGAUUCCACUAAUUGCGAGAGCUCCGAGGGAGACGCUCAAAGAGGAUCACCUGUGUGGAAACAUAAAGGAAUCUCAAGUUCACCAGAACACCAAGAAUGCGCCAAUCACACAACAGACUCAACUACCAUGAUGAGCAGUGUGAAGGAUCUUGGCCACUCUCAUGCCAGUUCCGGCUACCAGCUUCCUCUCAUGGAUCAUCCAGAAAGUAUACCGCAGACGAGCUAUAAAGUAUCAGAAAUAGUAAGAAAACGUCAGUAUCGAGUGGGCCUAAAUCUGUUCAACAAGAAACCAGAAAGAGGAAUCAGUUACUUGAUCAGAAGAGGAUUCUUGGAGAAUAGCCCUCAGGGUGUAGCAAGAUUUUUGAUCAGUAGAAAAGGACUGUCCAAGCAGAUGAUAGGAGAAUAUCUUGGAAACCUUCAAAACCCCUUCAACAUGGCUGUGCUUGAAUGCUUCUCCCACGAGCUGGACCUAUCAGGAAUGCAGGUAGACGUCGCUUUGAGGAAGUUUCAAGCAUACUUCCGGAUGCCAGGUGAAGCUCAAAAAAUAGAACGACUAAUGGAAGUGUUCAGCCAACGUUAUUGCCACUGCAAUCCCGAUGUAGUAUCCAGGCUACGCUCAGCAGACACUGUCUUUGUAUUAGCGUUCGCAAUAAUCAUGCUGAACACUGAUCUGCACACACCAAACCUGAAACCAGAACGCAGAAUGAGGCUGGAUGACUUUGUCAAGAACCUCAGAGGCAUAGACGAUUGUGGAGAUAUUGACAGAGAUAUAUUGGUUGGAAUUUAUGAAAGAGUAAAGGAAAACGAAUUCAAACCUGGCUCAGAUCAUGUUUCUCAAGUGAUGAAGGUCCAAGCGACAAUAGUAGGCAAGAAACCUAACAUGGCCUUGCCUCAUAGAAGAUUAGUUUGCUAUUGUAGACUGUAUGAGAUCCCAGACAUCCACAAGAAAGAGAGACCAGGUGUACAUCAACGAGAAGUAUUUCUCUUCAACGAUCUCCUCGUUGUAACAAAGAUCCUGAGCAAGAAAAAGAACAGCGUUACUUAUACGUUCAGACAAAGCUUUCCACUGUGCGGAAUGGUAGCCACGCUGUUUGAAGUUCCUCAUUAUCCGUAUGGAAUUAGACUCUCCCAACGCGUGGAUGGAAAGGUAUUGGUUACGUUUAACGCGAGGAACGCGCACGACAGGUGCAAGUUUGUGGAGGAUCUCAGAGAAUCCAUCAGCGAAAUGGACGAGAUGGAAACCUUACGGAUUGAGACGGAACUAGAACGACAGAAGAGCAGCAGAAGUGCGAGAGGCGGCGCUGAAAAUAGAGACUCUGGAGUGGCAGAUGUCGAGAUAUGUCCUUGCCCGGGACCCUACUCCGAAAGAUCGGAAACUACCGACAUAGAUACCCAAUUAAAACGUUCUGCCCUUAGUAAUUCCCUUCUGGACAUACAUGAACAAUUUGCUGGUGAAAAACCGCAGCGACGUGGAAGCGUGGGCUCACUCGAUAGCGGUAUGUCGAUUUCUUUUCAAUCUACAUCUGCCAGCUCAAUGAGCCAAGGCAUUAAACAUCCUGGACAAGUUCAUCCUAUACAUCCAGGGGCUACGAUCCCUGGUGGUGCUAAAGGACUGGCUCAGCAGCCAUCUUUUUUAGGGGGUCUAUUCGCCAAACGGGAACGAAAACUUUCACAAUCGGAGGAAUCCGGCCCGUACAGUCGCACCACGGAAGUGUAAUAUAUCCUUCCGGUGCUACCUAAGAGAUAACAGGCCAAAGUGGAAGUUCCACAAGGGGACACGUCCUAUAUAGUAAUAUAUUAAACACGUAGUAUAUACUAUUCAAACUUCCGUGAGAAAAUGUUCUUCGAAAUUAUGUAUCCCUCAUAUACAUAAUACACACAAACCUGUAUAUAAUGUUAUAGCUUCCAUUAUAACGCUAUUAUAGUUAUAAUAUUAUUUAUGGAUUAUGUUGACAAUAUGGAGGCUGCCGAAUAUUCGAGCCUCAUUUCCUUGUGAAAGUUUGAACAGCAUGUCCUAUAUGUUUUAUAUUGCCAAAAUGUGAAUCAAAUGGAUGAUUCAAAUAUCGUGCAGUCUCUUUGUCAGAUAAAGCGCGUAAACUCUUUCACUUCCCCUCGGCUUUUAAGGAAGCGAAAUGGACGCCAACUUUAUGCGUGAUUAAAGAGGCCAAUUCAUCUUGAAGAUAAAGGUGAGAAGACAAGUUAUCCCAUAACUAAUUGGGAUCUGAAAAUGCACUUUGGGAAGUGACACAAUGAAGAUGAAAAAAGAAAAAGUAAAAUGAAGAGGAUAAGAAGAGACAAUUGAAUAGGCAAUGUAAAUUUAUUGGAUUGGGCAGGAUCCAAUCGCGACCACUCGAGAUAAAGGAAACAAAUUUGGCAAGAUGACGCGUUGAAGUAGUCUCUAUAGGGGCGCAUGUAUAGUAUUUAUUCAUCCAAAAAUGAAAAAAAAAAAUAACACGUCGAUUCACUUUUUCUUAUGAUAUUUAUAAUAAUUUCCAAUGGAGAGCGAUGCGAUCCUCUCAGCGCAUGUAGAUAAUCGUUCCGUUGAUCGCAUAGACCCCAUAAACCGGUUUUUCAGCUAAAAGUCACGUGACUCAACAAAAAAAAUCUUAUCACCUCGAAAAGAAAAAAAUAUGAUCGGUUUAUGGGAAGAAAAUGGCUCUAGUGUAAUAUCGUGUUUUUUUUUUUUUUUGCAAGUAUCGACGUAGCUAUACUUGAACAGUUGUACAUAAUAGGUAUAUAAUAGAUAUAUAACGGCAAUUGUAUGAUUACAAUGAUGAUGAUGAUAAUUCUGUAACAAAAAAACAUGAACCGUAGCCUAAGGAAACCGAUAAGCAAUCCCCUUCUUGAUAUUAGGUGCAUGUCGAUGUCUAACAAAUUUUUAAUAUCUCAUCAAUGAAAAAAAAGUAAUAAAUCGUUUGGAUCGUAGCAAUCUUUGUAAGUAUUAACAUUUAAAAAAAAAAAGGAAGAAGAAGAAAAAGUUACAGAGAAGCGUUUUUUCGUUGUUGGGGUACAUUCUCAUAAUCUUUUGCAAAUCGUAGUUCUGCUUGUGUAUUCAGAAUCGAGCAGUUUUUUUCUCCGAAACAGCGUACUAAUGAGGAAAUUCAAUUAACCAAAUUAGUUGGUUUCUCGUCUCGUAGCACGUGUAGCUAACUCCCAGCGUCAUCUUAAACGAAUGCUAUAAGGAUCAAUGAAUGGAAGAGGACAACUUGUAUGCCUUAUGUAACAACUGCCACAACUUAUCAUCAAGAGAUGAGAAACUGACUAAUAAUCUUAUCAAUUAUUAAAGAGAUAGACAACCUUUUUGGAGGGCUGCAGAAUUACAUUUGGAAAAGUAAAAUAACUUGUACAUAUAUAUAUUACCAGCGAUCACAAUAUCAAUUAAUAGCAAUUAAAAAAAAUGGAUUGUCCGAUUAAUUUCGAUUCGAAGUGACUAAUCAGUGAAAUUUGCUACACUGUACAUUAUUAUAAUACGUUUCGAACUUUGGGAGUUUCAUUGUAAUCAACGUCAUGAUGUAAUGUACGCACACAUUACCAGUUUUUGUAUAAACUUUGAAAUUUAUUUUCGUAGUUCUCUUUAAUAAUAACCUUGAGAUUCAAGUGAUUCUAACACUUUUUGCACUUCUGAUCGAUAAGCACUCUAACGUCUGUUUCCAAAUUAUAUUUCCUUAAUCGUGUAAUUUGAAUCCUUCAGCUGUCACAGAAAUAGAUCUUCUUUAGAGAAGCAGCUUAUUUUUCUGAGCAUACAAUUUCAUAAGGAGAUACACUCACAUAUUUCAGAUUAAAAAUAAUAGAUUUACUAAGGACUAAAAGGUUUGCUACAUUUUAUCUCUUAUAGUGAUUUGUGAGAGUAUUUGAACAUUUACCACAGAAAACAUUGACAUAUAUAUGUAUUAUGUAUUUGUUUCACAUUUGCUCAAUAUAAUCGUGAUAGUCUGGUCUCAUUACAGCACCAACAAAAUUUCAAAAUAUUUCAUAUACAGAUGUAAUAUGACCAUAAAAGUCAUCUACAAGUGUUUGAAUACUCUUACACUAUAUGUAAACUCUGACUGCUAUCACAAGUUUCUUAAUCUAAAUGUCUAUUGUUCUCCAAAGUAAACAGAGAAAGAGGCUGUAAUGAUCGCAUAGGUUCUAACUAAUUAUAAAAUUGGAAAAUAGCUAUUCACGUUGUCGAGAUGAGAAUAUAGUCAUCUUACAAAGAUGUGUAUUGUUAUAGGAAAAGAUAUAGCGAGAUUAUAAAAUCGACGAUGUGUUUAAAUUUAUAUGUUUCAAGAGACUAAACAAUAAUUUGAGACAUAUGGAGAAAGAGAAGGAAUUAAAAUCCUCAUUCAAUAUAUCAUAGAAUAAUAUGGAACUGUUCUCUUUUUAUAGAACAUUUAAGAAAAAUUGUGUAUAGCAUAAAAUUUGAAAAGUAGAUUCUAAACAUAUGCAGUUUGCUAUUUUUCACAUAAUGCAUAUAUAAAAAAAUUUUAUACAUCACUAAUGACUAAACUAUGAAUUUUUAUGUAUUUAUGGAAAUUCUGAAAAUGAAGGAAUGUACAAAAUGGAUGUAACAUGCAAAAAUAUACAAAAUAUCUAAAGUAAAGUACUUGAAUGAAACAAAUCUUUGCUUAGAUUCCAUUUCUAUAAUUGUGUUCAUAAAAAUAUAAAACAUAAAAAUCCGUAAUCUAUUAAUGACUUGACGCAAUUACAUCAAUCGAUGUCGCUAAUUAAUAAUUAAAUUUAUAACCUCGCUAUAUCUCUUCCGCCAAGUAUAUAUGCGUCGUUUACAGCUGAAGGAAACAAAAACCGAGAGAACUCGAACGCAACUAAGAAUAGUUGGCAAAGUGUUCAUCCUAAUUGUACAUAGGCUCCCAUGGAUCCGUAACAAGUCCGUAGUCUUCAGCGUUAUUAAUUCUAGUCUUUCUCAUCAGGAGAGUUCUCCGGUUACGCUGUAAUGUUUGCGAGGGAGAGAGCGAAAGAGAGAGAGAGAAAAUAAUUCCAUAAAACUUUGUCAGAAAAACCUUGAUGUAGUUCUUAAGGAUGUGGUUUACAAUAAAGAGUGUGAGGUCAGUCUAAUAUAA